CACAAUACCAACCCGGAACGCAACCCAACAAGCAUGCGUCGUGAUCUGGGUGCCUCGCCCUCAACGUAUCAGUCGCGCAAUACCAACCCGGAACGCAACCCAACCAGCAUGCGUCGUGAUCUGGGUGCCUCGCCCUCAACGUAUCCGUCGCACAAUACCAACCCGGAACGCAACCCAACAAGCAUGCGUCGUGAGGUUACUCCGAACCCGUAUGGGAAAAUCAGCGGUGGAGACAACUGGAAUCGUGGGGGGAAGGGAUUCGGAAUCGGUGACACUUCAGUUGCGGCUGUUGGCCUCAGUUCCCUUGCGGUUCUCGCCGUGACCGCCGCCGUGGCGAUGACGCCUCUCUGA